UGGUGACCGUCUUUUGAUUUCAUGUUGGGGUCUUUCUUCAUUCUCCAACCAACCAAUCAUUCCUUCAAUUCUCCGGCCACCGUCUCCGCCGACGGAGCGCCGCUCUUGCCCUAAUCGUUUAUCAAAGGUCGGUGCUUGUGAGGUUUCGGUGGCUAUCCAUGGAUAAAGUCUUCAACAAGCUCCGCAAUUUGGAUGCAUACCCAAAAGUCAAUGAAGAUUUUUACAGCCGCACACUCGCCGGCGGAGUCGUCACCGUAGUCUCCGCCGCCGUCAUGCUUUUCCUCUUCCUUUCCGAGCUAAGAUUGUACCUCUACACUGUUACAGAGAGUAAGCUUUUGGUGGAUACUUCAAGAGGAGAAACAUUACACAUCAAUUUUGAUGUCACUUUUCCUUCCGUUCGAUGUUCAAUACUCAGUUUAGACGCGGUGGAUAUUAGUGGAGAGAAGCAUCUUGAUAUACGACAUAAUAUAAUGAAAAAAAGAAUUGAUGCUAAUGGUAAUGUGAUAGAAGUGAAGAAGGAUGGAAUUGGUGCUCCAAAGAUUGAGAGGCCCUUACAGAGACAUGGUGGCAGACUUGGACAUGACGAAAAGUAUUGUGGUUCAUGUUUUGGUGCUGAAGAGUCAGAUGACCACUGCUGUAAUAAUUGUGAAGAAGUGCGUGAAGCAUAUAGGAAAAAGGGCUGGGCACUGACAAAUGUGGAUUUGAUUGACCAGUGUCAAAGAGAGGGUUAUGUACAGCAGGUAAAGGAUGAAGAAGGUGAAGGAUGCAAUAUUCAUGGAUCUCUUGAAGUUAAUAAAGUGGCUGGAAGCUUUCAUUUUGCAACUGGGAAAAGCAUUCUUCAGUCGGCUAUCUUUUUGACUGAUCUGCUUGCUUUACAGGAUAAUCAUUAUAAUAUUAGCCAUCAGAUCAACAAAUUAAGUUUUGGUGCCCAUUACCCUGGAUUGGUAAAUCCUCUUGAUGGGGUAAAAUGGGUGCAAGGAACAUCUCAUGGCACGUACCAGUAUUUCAUAAAGGUUGUCCCUACAAUAUACACAGACAUUAGAGGUCAUGUUAUCCAUUCAAAUCAGUAUUCUGUGACUGAGCAUUUCAAGAGUUCAGAGCUGGGUGUUGCAGUUCCCGGAAUUUUCUUUUUUUAUGACAUAUCUCCAAUCAAGGUCACCUUUAAAGAGGAACACAUUCCAUUUUUACAUUUCUUGACCAAUAUUUGUGCAAUUAUUGGAGGUAUAUUCACUGUUGCUGGAAUAGUUGAUUCAUCAAUAUAUUAUGGUCAGAGAACAAUCAAGAAGAAGAUGGAGAUUGGCAAAUAUGGAUAAUGUGGUCAUUAUCCUACAUGGGGGGUGCUUUAAUGUCCUAAUUGAGUAUCCUUAUGAUGACAUACUUGGUUGGUUGGUGCAUUGAGUGUUGUUCAUAAUGUGAUUGCAUUAUAUAGCACAUAACGGCCAAGAUUAAGCAUAGCUGUAGAUCCAGUUGAUGAAUGAGGUGUAUUUUUUGGAUGAUCCAUAUUUCUCCUUUGAUACGUAGCAAUUUAAACUCAGUUGCUACUUUGGUGGCUUUUUAUGUACGGAUAAAGAUGAGGAAUGCAAAGGGUUGGAACUUUUUGAUGUUUUUGCUGUGCAUUAUACAUGACUUG